AUGUUGAACUUGCUCCAGCUUCUCCUCGCUGCCCCGGCACUCGCCGCGGCGGCCACCUUCCCCGUCAUCCAAAGUAACCACGGACCUGUCAAGGGUGCAGCUUCGCCUUUCCGUGACGGUGUCACCGUUUACAAAGGUAUCCCUUAUGCGGCGCCUCCCACUGGCUCGAAGCGCUGGACUCCUCCCACCAAGCCUGAGUCGUGGACCGAGACACUCCAUGCAACCGAGUUCGGUCCUCAAUGCGCGCAGCCAUAUUCCGAGGCCGGUAUCUUUUCUUCCGGAAAGAACUCCACUAGCGAGGAUUGCUUGACUCUGAACGUCUGGACUCCCACCUACGACACCACCGAUGCCAGUGAGAUCCAAUCCAAGAACCUCCCCGUCUACGUCUGGAUCUUCGGCGGCCGCUUCGAGGGUGGCUCGGGCGAUGUACUCACCUACGAUGGAACCGGUCUUGCCUCCAAGGAUAUCAUCGUUGUCACCAUGAACUACCGCCUGGGUGCAUUUGGCUUCCUUGCUCACCCUGACCUCUCCGCUGAGUCUGGACACAACAGCUCUGGAAACUAUGGUAUUCUGGACCAGCAGUUUGCUCUCCGCUGGGUUCAGGACAACAUUGCCUACUUUGGUGGAAAUGCUAGCCAGGUCACUGUGGGUGGUCAGUCUGCUGGAUCGGCGAGUGCCUUGGACAUGAUGUGGAGCCCCCUCAGCAGUGGUCUGGUUCACGGUGUUAUUGCUGAAAGUGGUGCUCGUGGCCCCCAUGACCCUGCCACUGGCAGCACUGAUGCCACCAGCUAUCGGACCAAGGCCGCUGCUGAGGCGCAAGGUGUCAAGUUCCUCCGCCAAAUGAAUGUUACAUCGAUUGCUCAGCUGCGAAAUGCGUCCAUGGCAGCUCUACUUCAAUUUGACUCGCUCAGUGACACCAUCUGGGAGGGAACACCCUUGGCAAACCUCUCCGAUACAUUCAUGGAGCCUCCCAUGUGGCGGCCUAACAUUGACGGUUAUGUCUUCCCCCUCAACUACUCUGAGGCGUUGCGCAACAACUCCCAUGCCGACAUUCCUAUCCUUACUGGAAACAACAAGGAUGAAUCCGGUGCCAGCCCAGACCUCUCUUAUACUGCCACCAAUUACCACGAUCUUUAUAGCAACCUCUUUGGCGACCUUGCGGACGAGUUCUUCACAUUGUACCCCGGUACCAACACCUCUCAGGCCUCAGAAAGUGCUAAGGAGUUCUACCGCGACCUCAGCCGCGUCGGCACCUGGCGCUGGGCUGUUGAUUGGGCAGCAGGCGGAGCCAACAGCAGCGUCUAUACCUACUACUUCACUCAUGCGCCCGCAGAAAACCGGGAUGGGGGCGCUUACCACGGCUCAGAACUCUGGUACACUUUCAACAAUCUCCCCUACGCGUCAUACUCCAACGUUACCUGGAACGAUGAGGAUUACAUCGUGCAGAACAAGAUGGCGAACUACUGGGCGAACUUCAUCCGCUCUGGAAACCCCAAUGGAAACGGACUGCCUCGAUUCCAGCCCACUACCAACAAGACUGAGCGGACCAUGUGGCUUGGUGACAAGUGGGGAAUGGGUCCGAUUACCAUGGACAGCAAGCGCAUCCAGUUCCUGCACAAAUGGACUGCCCGGUUGCCUGCGUGGUGAUUGUUAGCACUCGGUGAUAUGCUCUCAAGUCCUGUCCUGUGUGGCCGUUGCCCACGUCCGUUCCUUUCAAUAUGUACUUUAAUAUAUAGGCCAGUUUGAGGAAAUGGAAAUAUAUUUGCCUCUCAUUUUUUGUGGGCAUAUAUCCGUUUUUACUCAAACAAAAUGCCUGCUCUUCUUGC